AUGGCAUCCAAGGCCGCGGCCAUCCUAUCUAUUCUCCCUUUUGCUCUGGCAAUCCUCGACAAGCCCGUUAUCCAGCCAAACUUCCCCGGAAAUGGCCUGGCAUCCUUGGGUCAAGGAUUGAUGGACCAUCUGGCACCUACGCACUCAACGUGGGAUGAUUGGGGUGCCGGAUGGAUCCCCCAGGACUGCAAGUCCUUGGUCGAGGGUGCCGGGCUCUCUGCCUCCGAUGUCAUCCCCUUCAACAUUCAUUAUGAUGACUGUGCCCAGACAUGGACCUUUUGCCGGCACAAGGACUCUCCUCUGAGUGAGAUUACUAUCCUCGACAUCUUUGGGCGUUUGCCCGUUCGAAUGAGGUCCUUUGUCCGACAUUUGGUCUUCAUUCCGGGUGCCAAGUCUGCAGGCUCCAACGGAGACAACGUUCUCCUGAGGGGCGACAUCGACGUCACCGUUUUUGCCCACGAGAUCGGCCACAGCCUCGACUCUCACGCCUUUGACCCGUCAUACGGUGUGCCCUUCUCCACCGGCAACGUCUGGAUCAGCAACUACAAUCUUGACUCUGCCGUGCCUGAUCCCUACGCGCAGACCAGCCAACAGGAGAACUUUGCUCAGCAGACCGUCAUCUCAUUGUAUGACAAGGUGGUACCGGGCGGAAUCGGCACGAUCCAGCCCAACUGGCAGGCCAUCUUCCACCAGUAUGCCACUCUUGAGGGAUACAUUGGCGAUGUCAUCAUUCCCGGCGGUACCUGCACCCACCGCCUGACUGAUAGUCCGCCCGUGCAGAUGAGCAGCUUGGCCAAGGGACGCCGUGCACUGGGACCUAAGCCCAAUGUUGCUUUGAGCCCCGAGGUUGAGGAAAUUGAGGCUAUCCCGAUGAAGAGCUCUAUUACUAUGACAUCGUUCGAUGAGGCUGGAAAGCCGAAUGGAACUUAUGUCAUCAACCUUUAA